UCUGUCCGCAAGCCAUCGUCAACAGACCAAACCAACAUGGCGUCUUCUUCUGCUGCCCUCGUCAAAUAAACGAAGUCAAAACACAAUGUUACGUUAUUGGAUCUCGCUCUAAUACUAUGUAAUAACAUAUACUGGUUUUUUUUUUUUUAAAGAAGAAGAUUUUAUCAUGGCUUCCAGUAAUCCAAUUAAUCGUGUUGGUGGGGAUUUCAACCCUCCUAAACGUCCCAACCACGGAACCACAGGCAGACAGAUUGCUCUUCGUGCCAAUUUUUUCCCAGUAUCCCUACCCCAGGGGGACAUACAUCACUAUGAUGUGUCGAUACAUCCUGAUAAGUGCCCAAGAAGAGUCAACAGGGAUGUCAUAGAAACUAUGGUCAAGAGCUUUAGUAAAAUCUUUGGAGAACUGAAACCUGUGUUUGAUGGACGUAAGAAUUUGUACUGCAGAAUGCCUUUGUCCAUUGGUAAAAAACCUACUGAAUUUGAAGUGAUUUUAGCAUCAGAAAACAACAAGGACAAAAAAUUCAAGGUUGUAAUAAAGUGGGCAUCACAGGUCAGCAUGUUUGCUCUACARCAAGCACUUGAAGGACUCAGCAAUCAAAUCCCUUUUGAAGCUAUUCAGGCAUUGGAUGUUGUGCUGCGGCACUUGCCAUCAAUGAAAUAUACUCCAGUUGGAAGGUCAUUCUUUUCUCCUCCGGACCUGUACUUUCUUCCUUUGGAGGGUGGGAGAGAGGUUUGGUUUGGCUUUCAUCAAAGUGUCAGGCCAUCACAGUGGAAAAUGAUGCUUAACAUUGAUGUUUCUGCUACUGCUUUCUACAAGUGUCAACCUGUUGUGGAAUUCAUGAGCGAGGUAUUGCGAAAAGGAGAAAACGAACUCGAGAAAAGGGCUACACUUAGCGAUGCAGAAAGGCUAAGAUUUACCAAAGAAAUCAAAGGAUUGAAAGUCGAAAUCAACCAUUGUGGUACAAUGAAACGCAAAUACCGAGUCAUCAACGUCACCAAGCUGCCUGCYCAAUCAUUACAGUUCCCUCUGAUAACCGAGGCAGGACACACUACUCCUAUUACAGUCGCUAAGUACUUUGAAGAAAAACAUCAUAAGAAAUUAAGAUAUCCUCAUUUACCGUGUUUACAAGUCGGACAAGAGCAGAGACAUACGUACCUACCACUAGAAGUGUGUAACAUUGUCGCAGGACAGCGUUGCGUGAAGAAACUCACAGACGUACAGACAUCCAAGAUGAUCAGAGCUACAGCAAGGUCUGCACCCGAAAGAGAGAAAGAAAUCAAUGGGCUUGUUAAAAAAGCCAAUUUUCCUGACGACGAGUUUGUUAAAGACUUUGGAUUAACGAUAAGUAACAGAAUGGUUGAGCUCAAAGGUCGUGUUCUGCCUCCACCAAARCUUAUCUUUGGCGGCAAGGAAAGUCAAGCCGUAACUCCAAGGGCCGGUGUCUGGUCCAUGCAAGGGAAACAACUGUUCCACGGUAUUGAAAUCAGAACCUGGGCCAUCGUAUGUUUCGCCAAUCAAAGAAGUUGCAACGAAGAAACGCUAAAAAAAUUCUCCUUGAUGUUGAUGAAAAUUAGCGCAGAACAAGGCAUGCCUAUUCGAGGUCAGCCAUGCUUCUGUAAAUUUGCCCGUAAUCAGGAAGAGGUUGAACCUAUACUUAAUCAUAUAAAACAGACGUACCCCAACAUACAGCUUGUUGUAAUUAUUUUACCAGGAAAAACACCUGUUUAUGCUGAAGUAAAACGAAUCGGUGACACAUUAUUAGGAGUGGUCACGCAGUGCAUACAGAUCAARAAUGUCAACAAGAUCUCAGCUCAGACAAUCUCAAACCUCUGCCUGAAGAUCAAUGCUAAGUUGGGUGGCAUCAAUAACAUAUUAUCGCCAGAAAUACGUCCWCCCGUAUUUCGUGAGCCCGUGAUAUUUUUAGGCGCUGACGUCACACAUCCUGCUGCAGGUGAUGAAAAGAGACCUUCUAUCGCCGCGGUUGUUGGAAGCAUGGAUGCUCAUCCUUCUCGUUACUACGCUUCAGUUCGUGUCCAGACUCACAGACAGGAGAUCAUCGCAGAAUUAGGAGCCAUGGUUCGUGAGCUUCUUGUUCAGUUUUAUCAGUCGACGAGACAUAAACCUCAGAGGAUCAUCUUUUAUCGCGAUGGAGUCAGUGAAGGGCAUUCAUAGUCGUGCAAAAACGACAUCAUACUCGACUAUUCUGUCAGGAAGACAGAGAUAAGUGUGGAAAGAGUGGCAACAUUCCUCCUGGUACUACAGUAGAUCAUGGUAUCACGCACCCUACCGAAUUUGACUUCUUCCUUUGCAGUCAUGCGGGGAUACAGGGAACCAGCCGUCCAUCACAUUAUCAUGUGCUGUGGGAUGAYAACAGGUUCACUGCAGACGAGUUGCAGGCUUUGACUUAUCAACUGUGCCAUACAUAUGUCCGCUGUACRCGGUCUGUGUCCAUACCUGCCCCUGCAUACUAUGCUCACUUGGUUGCUUUCAGGGCUCGUUUUCAUAUGAUGGAUCAAGAUAAGGAAAGUAACGAGAGUGGCUCCGGCAACAGYACAGGAGAUGACUCCAGGCCACCUCAAAUCUUAGCCAAAGCUGUCCAAGUACAUCCAGACAUUCUUCGCGGGAUGUAUUUUGCUUAACAUCUUUYUAAAGCAAAAGCAGUCCUAAUUUAAUUUUAUUGGUAUUUUGCUUUUAUUAGAGUGCAUGCAGUAAAACAAUAAAUAAAAACAAAGUCAAUACUGACAAAAUAGUAGCUAUUUAGUGACUAAUAGUUGCUGUCACUCAAC